GGAUGAAGGAAUAUGCUCUGUCUGCUGUGAUGCAAAAGCACCUGUCUGAGAAACAAGAUAAGAUAAUUCAAGGUGUCAUAAGCAGACUAGGAUGCCUCAGUGAUGAGUCUGUUAACUAUAUAUUGCAAAAACACCGGCUUCUGCUGUAUUCAGUACUCACAAGGUUAACCCUCCGACGAGUUGGAAUGGCAGCCCUGGCCCGCAUGAGAAUGUCCAGAAAGAAGAGCUUGCUUCAGGAACUGAGAGAGCAACAUACCCUGCAGAAGGGAUCCUCCCCCUGCCAAGAUGAGGACCAGUGGCAGUUACAGAAGGCAGUGGAGUCCCACAUUCUGGAAGAGGAGGAAAAGCUCGAGGAAGAAACGCAGCAAACCCAUUUAGAAUUUCACCAGCAGCUAGUCACAGAAAUUCAAGAAGCUCUUCAGUUUCUUCAGCAGCACAUGGAGCAGGUGAUUGGGCAGACACUGCUGCAGCAUGCCCAACGGGAAGCUGGAAAAAAGAGUUCAGAUGAUGGAGAGGACUUCAAGGAGAGACUAGUGGAAGCUGCUGUAGAAAGUGUGUAUGGGACCAGCAAUAAUAUCAAUAGACUGGUGCAAAACUACUAUCAGCAAUUAGGAAAAAUCACAGAAGGCUAUGAAGAGAAAAAGCUUCAACAAUUGAAAUCCUUACAAGCAGAAAGAGGUGAAAGGAACAGACUUAGGAAGAAACAAGAGAAUGAACUGGCAUUGGAAGAAAAACAGACCAAAGGUCUCCUGAACAUGUCAUCCACAGUCCAUCAAAGGAUGGUGCUGCAGCAAAAGAAGGUUUUGGCUCAGUUUGAACUGCAGCAGCAAUUUCGUCUGGAGUCUCUGAAACAAAAGCUGCUGGGAUUGCAUCACCUAGAAACUGAGUUGGAAAAACAGCUAAAGGAAGCAGAGCAGGACUUUGUGAGCGAGUUGGUUGCACUGGCCCGUGUUCCAGUGGUUGUGAAGAAGAAGCCUUCCAAAAGGAGCAAGCCAGCAGGGGAAAAAACAAACUCAAAAAGGAAGACCUUUCAGUCACCAGAAUCAGAAGACAAAGAUAAUUCUUGUGAAAAUAUUCAAGAGCCCCCUGGACUGACUUCUGGCUUAUGCAGAGAGAGGUUACAGAGUCCACAUGAAGGGGAGACUGAACCGAGGGAAAACUCAAAGACACUAAAAAAAAGAGGCAACAGGUAGUAAAAGUGUUUAUAGGAGCUGUCUGAACACAGA